CGCUUGUGUAAAAUUGACGCUAAUUUCGGUAUCUAGAUUUUUUUUACAUCUAAACCACUACUUCUUAAUUCACGUUCUCCUCUAUACUUCUUAGAUCUAACAGUAAGUUCAGCGAAUUAUGAUUUUGCACCUAUUAUCAUGACUCAGUCCAAUUCUCAAUGUCUUUAUGGUUUGGUUAUGCCGCUUCUAGCCUUAUUCUAGCCUACUCCUACACAAGAGAACAUCGCCCGUCGAGUUAGGUGGUGGUCGAGUAUACAUAACAUGUCCAACCACCUCAGUUGAUGAAAAUUUACUAAUUCAUCAACCGAUUUCCCAUCUCUAACAAGUAUCCCACUCUUAACCCAGGCAUUGCUUACUCCGUAGUUUCAAAAUACAUGAGCAAUACUUCGAAGACACCUUUGACCGAAUACUGACAACCUAUGAGUAUCCUCUAUUCUUAAUGGUCACGUUUCACAUCCGUAAAGUAGAACGGAGCAAACUGGUUUUCAGUGAAUUCGUUCUUUGGUUGGAAGAUAGAUAUCUCACCUACGCCAAAAGUGACGCAAGUUGGGAAAAGUCAGUCGAGCCUUCUGAACCUGUGCUGAAAUUUCGUCAGACACUAGACUGUCAGUAAUGAUGAGACUUCCAAGAUAAAUGAAAUGGUCUAUAAGUUCAACUACUUCACUCCCUACCAUUAAUUCAGGUGAUGACUCAGGCCAUAACUAAGGUAACAUUUUGCAUUUGAAGAGAGAUCACAUCCCAAAAAUGCUUGAAUUGCUGCUUAAGGUGAUCAGAAGACUGCAUUUUUAUCAGCGUAUUCGCCAAACAGAAGUAUGUCUUCUGUGCAGUCUAAGUCAACAAGUGGAUCCCUUGGUAGUAGAUCAACCCAUAGGAAGUCAAAUGAUGGACGUAUUACCUGUAAAAGCAUGUCCCUGACAUAAAAAUAGGGAGAGCGGACAAUCUUGACGAACAACACUUGAAAUAAUUUCUAUAAAAGUUCCCCAUAAGCUCUUACUCAAUCACUACCGUUCGAGCAGAGAGCCUGUGCAAGGUUAAUUUACUUUGGUACGUCUUUCAGUGUCAGACACUACUAGAGAACCUCACGAUCAGCAGAGCUAAACACUGUCAAGGACAUCAAAAAGUAUGCCUAUGUUCUAGGUCCUACAGAGAAGUAAAUCAGUUUGGUUUUCUCGGGUUUUCUUUUCACGAGCUCAAGCUAGUAAACGACGGAUUAUUUUAAACAUAUUUAUGUGUAGUUUCCAUUGAUUACGAACGACCACAUUGUGUGCAAAAGCCGUGUGAUUUCGAACUUUCAAGACAAUGUUUACGUUCUUUACAUGAAGUACUUCAGUAAUUUGAUAAUGGCAGUUGUAAUAGAAAUGCAGCUUAUGAAGUAAUAUAUGUCACAUAUAAAACAUGGGUUGGUGUUUGGAUACGCCUGUAGAAAAAUGCGUAGAUUAGUAAGGUUUAUUGUUCGAAACAUCGUAACACUAAGUUACCAUAAAGUCUGGAUGGUCUACAUGCCUUCGUGAUCACAAUGGACCUAUUUUUUAAAAUACAUAUCAACAGUAUUUGUAAAUUGGUCAUUAUUAACAUGAAGCUUAGGGAGUUAGAUGAUUAGUUUUUGGUUGCUAUGGCGAAGUACGGAGCAAUACUUAAGAAUAUUUCAUUUUCCCUUCAGAGUUGUACAUAUCAUAUCUGAAUUUUUUUAGAUUCUCGCCAAUGCAAUGAGCUCUGAAGCGAAUCUCGAUUCUUCUAAUUCCAUUAAAUCAGAACCUCAUGCUGCUAAGUCUCAUUCUUCAAAAAUUACUACCAACCAGCUGGAGUAUAUUAAAAAAGAAGUGGUUGGACGACUAUUUAAAGAAAAGAUUGUAUGGCCGUUUACAAAACCAGUCGAUCACCAGCGGCUAAACCUUCCAGACUAUCCCAAAAUAAUAAAACACCCAAUGGACCUUGGGACGAUAAAACAGCGGCUAAAUUUAAAAUUUUAUCACUCCUCUUCAGAAUGUCUCGAUGAUCUUUUCACUAUGUUCCGAAAUUGUUAUAUAUUCAACAAGCCAGGUGAUGAUGUAGUUGCAAUGGCAAUGAAGCUUGAGCAGAUUGCUAGAGAACGCCUUAAAUUUAUGCCGACUCCUGAGACCGAAAUUUGUCCACAAAAAACCCCAAAGUCUAUCCGUCCUAUUGGCGCUCCUUUGCAGGUCCAUCCUAUCGAACCAAUUCAUUCAGCUGCUUCAACCAACCAUACUGAAGGGUUAAAUGGCUCAGCUGUUUCUGUCGACCAGGCUACAUUACCUUUCAGACCAUCAGUAACUUCUACAUCUACCAAAAAGGCUAGUAAAAAGAAAAGUGAUUCUACGAUAGACGAAUUACCGUCGACUCCCCAAUCAUAUGAUGAUUUAUCUCGCGACCGCCGUCAAAUCAAAAAGCCCAAGCGUGAAUAUGAAGAACGUAAUGUUGGCAAACGUUUGCGACUUUCCGAAGCACUGAAAGCUUGCAGUAAUAUUCUGAAGGAUAUUUCCUCUCAGAGAUAUCGGGAUCUCAAUCAUUUUUUCUUAAAACCAGUGGAUGUCGUAGCCCUCGGGCUUCAUGAUUACUACGAUGUUGUCCAAAAAGCAAUGGAUCUCAGCACCAUAAAAACAAAAUUAGAAAGUGGUCAGUACCAUACCAAAUACGAUUUCGCAGACGAUGUUCGACUGAUGUUUAAUAAUUGUUAUAAGUAUAACGGUGAAGAUAGCGAAGUUGCUAGAGUAGGGAAACAACUUCAAGCUAUUUUUGAUGAAAAUUUCGCCAAAGUUCCGGAUGAUGAGUCAGAUCCUGCUGCCUCCCCUGAUGGUCGUCCUGUUGAUCAGAAUAUGUAUCAGCUAAUUCAAAACGCCAUCAAAGAGCAUCAGAAGUUAACCAAUCAGUUUCAGCGUUUCAGCGAGGAUUUGCAGAAAAGCACAGCUAACUUAAAUUCUAUUUUAUCAUCCUUAAGUAUGGCUGUCAGAAAAGCACCUAUUGUUCACAACACACCCCAUAUUAAUUCAUUACCCCUACUCAAACUGGCCUUCCGACCGAGAGGCAGACAAUCUCAGCCGAAAACAAAAUACAGACAAUCAGGACUAUCUGCUGCAGCACCCGUUCUAAAUACACCAUGUGUUCCAGUUAGUAGUAGCACAGCAAACAUGAGUUCCACACAUUCCCAACCUAUACCUGUUCCUGGAUAUGCUACAGAUGAGGAGAUGUCCGAAAACAAUGUUCGUCCAAUGACUUACGAUGAGAAACGUCAAUUAAGUUUAGAUAUUAAUAAGCUUCCCGGUGAAAAAUUAGGUAGAGUUGUCCAAAUCAUCCAGCAACGUGAACCGUCGCACCGUGAUUGUAAUCCAGACGAAAUCGAAAUUGAUUUCGAAACGCUGCAACACACAACUUUGCGUGAAUUAGAGAAGUAUGUAAAAUCUGUUCUGCAAAAGACAAAAUCCGGGAGCCGGAAAUACGUGAAGAAGGGGUUAAGUAACGUCCCACCAGGCAAGACUCGUGAAGAGUGCAUGAAAGAAAAAACGGAAGAGCUGGAAAAUCGAUUGAGAGAGAUUGGAGGACUUCCUCAAGGUGCUCCUGGAUACCAUAAUGCACAUAAUCCGAAAAAGUCACAUGGUACUAAUCGUUUGAGCGCAUCAUCAUCCAGUUCAAGUGAUUCCGAGAGUACUUCAGACUCAAGUGAAUCUGAUUCUUCAGAUUCUAAAUCUUAUAAAGCAGCUUCAGACCACAAACAGUCGCAUGACCAGGUAUCUUCAACUGGCCCACAGAGUUCGAAAUCGACUGUUUUUUUAUCCCCGAACUCAGGUGCUGUGACAAAUAAGACAUCGAUCAAUCAACCACCGACAUUUUCUGCACUUGACUCUGUUGCAAGUGGUCAUUGUAAUAAUGAUGUUGUUUAUGAAAAAUGUAUUGAACCAAAGACUGAACAAAAUGAAUCUUCAGAUACGGAAUCUGAACCAAACUCCCCUCACCAGCUACCUCAACCCGUGUGGGCCAUUUCAGGGUUUUCCAAAAAGCCAUCUUCUGAAGAUGAAACGAGGAAAAAGAAAAAACAGGCCGCGGCUCUUCAAAUAAUGCGCGAAGCUCGCAGACAAUCUCAAUGGAGUUCUCGCGCGGCUGAAGAGAAGGCUAUUCGUGAACGCGAGGAGGCUGACAGACGACGUCAGGAAGAAGAACUUGCUUUAGAAGCUGAAAGGAGGAAAGAACAGGAAUUGCGCCGUAUUGAGGAGGAGAAGCGCCUUCUUGUCGAAGCUCGAAAGCGUGAUGACAUUGCAAAGCGUAAGGCUAUGAUCGGUGCACCAGAACGUAUAAAUGCUCAUGAAUUACUGACGGAAUUCGAGAAUUCAGUUGAUAUAUCUUGCAUUGAUGCCUGUUUUGCCAUGCGUCACUUCUAA